AUUAAGGAACUUGAAUAUGCCAACAGAGGCCGGCUUUUGAUCGUUUGACCCAACAAAUAAUCGUAAUAAGUUAGAAGACGAACUAAUUGACAAUUUCAUAAAUGAUAAUAUGACUCGAUGGAACAACAGUGAAAAGAAGUUGGAUAACAGACUUUUAUUGAAUAUAGGAGGAACCAGACACGAAACCACCGUUUCCACUUUGGAAAGACUACCUAAUACACGACUAGGAAAAUUGGCAAAAUUAAAAGAGGAAGACGAGGCUUACGAUCAAGAAAAAGGAGAAUAUUUUUUCGAUCGGCAUUCAAGAUGUUUCGAAGUUAUACUGCAAUAUUACAGAUCGGAAGAAUUACACAUAGACAGCAGUCUUUGCGGGAGCGUUCUACAAAGAGAAUUUGAAUUUUGGGGUCUUCAAGAACAAGAUAUAGAGCCGUGCUGUUGGUCCGAUUAUAGUAAAUACACUGAACAUAAACAGACUUUGGCGGAUCUUGAUCAAAGUUUCGCCUUCGUUGAGGAUACCGCGUGGUCCGACCGUUCUUCGGCCUAUCGUCGGAUUUCUCAACGAUUAUGGACAUUCUUGGAGGAACCAAGAUCGUCCAGAUUGGCAAAAUUAUAUGCCAUUAUAUCCAUGUUUUUCGUUGUUCUUUCAAUCGGAGUAUUUGUAUUGGAAACGCAUAAACUAUUCCAAGUAGACAAAUAUACGGGAAAGCCAAUGACUGAAGUCGAUCCCGACGACAGUACUCCAACAGGAUCAGUAGCCGUUUGCUGUUGUGAAAAUGAACGCAAAAAUAAUACUUCCACCUUAGCUGAAACUCAUAUUGUCUUGAAAUCGUUAGAUUAUGUGUGUGUUGUCUAUUUUUCAUUGGAGAUUAUUACGCGUGUUUUAGUCGCGCCCGAUAAGAAGAAGUUUAUUAAGAGUCCAUUAAAUAUUAUAGAUCUUGUUUGCUUGUUGCCUCAUUACGUAGCUAUUGCUCUGGACGCUCUAGAUACGUCGGGUGCCACUAGAACUCUAUUUAAAUCUAUCAUGAUGUUAAGGGUAAUAAGAGUACUAAGAAUAUUCAAAUUGAUGAAACAUUAUUCAGCUUUCAAGAUCCUCGUCUAUACAAUUAAAGUUUCGUCCAAAGAAUUAUUAUUGAUGAUAAUCUUUCUGCUGAGCGGAGUUCUUAUGUUUGCCAGUCUAAUACACUAUGUAGAACCGGAGAAUUUUCCAAAUAUACCUAUCGGAGUUUGGUGGGCUUUGGUAACUAUGACAACAGUUGGAUAUGGCGAUAAAUAUCCUAUAUCAUACUUGGGAUUCGUUAUGGGUUCAUUCUGCGUGAUAUGCGGCGUACUUGUUAUCGCUUUUACAGUCCCCAUUGUCGUUAACAAUUUCACGUUGUAUUACUCCCAUGCUCAGACUAGAAUAAAGCUGCCGGCCAAGAAAAAGAAGGCCAGAAGGUUACUUAUGGAAAUGACUAGGGAAAUGGGUAAAAGGAACGCUGAGAGGAAAAGGUCACAAGAACGCGAGAAGCAAAAUGAUACUAAGAAUGUACACUUUGACGAGUUGGACAGAGCGAAAGCGUCAAAUAGGAAUGUCAGAAUUUCAAGUCAUUCAAGCGACGACAAUAAUGCUUGUAGUCCUGUUGAAACAACUAAGCUGCAACAUAAAAAUUUAGCUAGAGAAAUGUUAGCUAAGGCCGAAGAUGCUCGUGGAAAGAUGGAAGAACAAAAGAGAAAACAAGAAGAGUUGGUAUCGAAAAAGAAGGAGGAAAGAGCUAAAAGACAGAGGCAAUUAGCCAGUCAAGCGUCAAAUCUACCUUCCAUGCCGAUAGAUUACGUGGGUUAAGAAUUUAAGGAACAAACGAGAUAACAGAUAAGAAGGAGACUAUUAGAAAAAUAGACGGGGAAUAGAAGAAACAAAUAAGAUGGUCAUUAAACGGGAAAGUAUAUACAUACAAUGGUAGAAAGAUACUUUAGGUGUUGGGCCUAAUCUUUACGAUUUAUCUUUAUUAAUUUUACCCCUAUAUGUAUUCUGUAAUUAUCUAGUCGUCUAGGCGGGAAAUCAACCUUCUCUCCUGAUUUCUUGGAGCUUGUCAUCAAUUUCCUUUUGUGUCCAUUUUGAGUUGUUUCCAAUAGAGAUAUCCGUCUCUACCUUACUUAGCCGACCAACCUUAUCUCUCUCUCUCUCUGAAAACUUGAUUAAUUUCUUUAUAAUGUUAUAGUAUAACUUUGUCAACAGACUCAAAAGAAUACAUGAGCUGAGUCCUGUCAAACUGAUAGGCCACUUUUUCAAUUAAGAAAGUAUUAGAAUGAAUAUUUUACAUACACAAAAGUCUAUAGAACUCAUCAUGUUCGUAAACCACGUGUAGGGCUAAAAUUCGUAAGAACACCACGUUAAACAUAGGCCUUACACCAAAAUUAUAUAUCCGCCAUUGUAUUUAUGAAGGGCUUGAGGGAUAAGGGUUAGGGAUAAGGAAAGAUUUUUUUUUAUAUAGACAUUUUACAGAUGCAUUUAUACAUAUGCCUAAAAAAAAUGAAUUAUUACAAUCGUGUACGUAUGAAAAUGAUGUUUUCUAUGAAUAAAUUAUGAAAAGGCGUGUUAGCAAACAAAUAUCUCAACUUGAUAAAAAAUUUUAUGUGGUUCAACGACAUUGGUCACUGUUUAAUUUAUUAGACUCAACGUAGCGUAAAAGUUCAAUAUCUUUUGUUACAAUUUUAUAAUGUCCCGGAAAUCUCUCUCUCUCUGUCUGUCUG